CUUUUCUUUUUCUCUCAUUCUGGGGGAUCUUCAUCUGGGGAACGUCGACUAAGUGGGAAUUCUGUCUGAUUCCUAUACUUCUUUGGAGAUCGGCCACCCCCUAAUCCUCACCAGCCUAAAGAUGGAGAAGUCCACUUUGGCCUCGGACGAUAUCCGUCCGGAUCCCGUCAAGGUCGAUGAGUAUGAUGCGACUCCCAAGGAGGAGCUUCAGCUCAAUGUUGGCGGCCGUGGUGCCACCCAGCGUCGCCUGCGCAAUUACCAGGUCACCAUGAUCGGUUUCUGCAGUGGCAUUGGCACAGGUCUGUUCAUCGGUACUGGAGCUGCUUACGCCAAGGCCGGUCCUGCGGGUCUGCUGCUCGCGUAUAUCAUCGUUGGUAUGGUUUUGUGGUGUGUGAUGCAGAGUAUCGCCGAGUUGGCGACUCUGUUGCCCACGGCUGGUUCUUUUCCUCACUGGGCAACUCGCUUCAUCGAUCCUUCUGUCGGUUUCUCUCUCGCCAUUUCUUACGGAUAUUGUUAUACAAUCGCUAUUGCCUCGGAAGUAUCAGCAGCCGCAGUUAUUGUGUCAUAUUGGACAGACAUAACGCCUGCGGUUGUCAUCACCGUUGGUUUGGUUCUAAUUUUGGCCAUCAACCUGAUGAGCGUGCGCUUCUACGGCGAGACGGAAGUUAUUGGAGGUGCCGUUAAGGUCCUUUGCUUCAUGGGCUUGGUGAUCGUCUCUAUCGUGAUCACAGCUGGUGGCGGUCCCAACCACGAGUCCAUUGGCUUCCGUUACUGGAACAACCCUGGCGCUUGGACAAACUAUAACGGCAUUACUGGCUCCACCGGUCACUUCUUGGGCUUCCUGGCUUCCUUCGUCAAUGCCUCUUUCAGUUUCAUUGGUGUUGAGACUGUCGUCAUCACUGCUGCCGAGUCUGUCGACCCCCACCGUGCUAUCCCUAAGGCUGCCCGCCGCGUCACUUAUCGUAUUGCCUUCUUCUAUGUCCUUGGUGCCCUUCUCAUUGGCAUUAUCGUCGACCCACGGAACAAGGCUCUUGUCUCUGGAUCCGGUAACGCAAACAGCUCGCCGUUCGUCAUUGCGAUCAAGGGGGCUGGUAUCAGCGCCCUGCCAUCUAUUGUGAACGCCUGUAUUCUUGUUUCCGCCUGGUCUGCCGGUAACUCAUACUGCUGGGUUGGAUCGCGCAUGAUCGUGGCUAUGACGACCGACCACCAGUUGCCUCAGAUCUUCGGUCGUGUGAACAAGAACGGAGUCCCUUAUGUUGCCGUCAUUGCGGCCUGGUUGUUCGGUCCACUGGCCUAUCUGAGUCUUGGAAGUGGUGGUCCCGCGCAGGCCUUUACCUGGCUGCUUAACCUUAGCACUGUUGCCGGUUUGAUUGCCUGGGCUACUCUCUCGUUCUGCUACAUCCGUUUCCAUGCCGCUCUGAAGGCACAGGGCGUUUCUCGUGACUCCCUUCCCUGGAAGGGACCUUUCCAGCCAUAUGCUGCUUGGGUUGGCUUCAUUGGUUCUACCAUCAUCACCCUAGUUUGUGGCUUCCCUGUCUUCUUGAAGGGUAACUGGAACACAUCCGACUUUAUCGCGUCGUACAUUGGUAUCCCUAUUUUCAUUCUGCCAAUCAUCGCUUGGAAGCUCUGGCACGGCACCAAGUUACAACGCGCUGCUACCAUCGAUCUCUGGUCGGGCCGUCUCCAAGAUGGAGAAAUCAUGCCUCAUCGGAACCCGCGCAACACCCUCUGGGGGCGUUUCAUUGACUGGCUUGUUUAGAUUUCUCAUAAUUUUUGUAUAAUAGCAUUUGCAUCAUGCAUAUAUUAAUUCUAGAACGC